CCCAUUUGAGUCUCUAGUCCUCGUGCAUUUUGUUUUAAACUUAAGGAAACAAUUGAAAGUUUGGUCUACCUUAAGAUGGACCUUAAGGUGAAAUACAUGUGAAAUCUUUAAUCAUGCAAAGUGCCACCUUAGAUUUUAGCUGCAACGCUGCAACCUUUUGGAUAUAUAUAAUCAUGUGUAUGCAGUACAUGUGUGUAAAUUAGAUCCGCAGGGCACAGAAGCUAGGCGGGGCUGUGAGGCCAGGUUUGUAGAGUGUGCCCUAAGUGGAAGUUAGGGGGUGAGGGAGCUGUGCAGGUUGGAAGAUGUAGUUAAGGGGAAGAGGAAGGCUCAGCAGCUGUGAACUGUCCAGCCAGGGCAGCAGUUCUGCCCGAGGAGUGACUGCAGGCAGUGGGCCAGGAUCCGGGCGAACUUGGAGAGUCAGAGGUUAGCUGAGAGAGGAGGGAUAGAGGCAUAUGCCGGGCUCACUGAUGGAGACUGAGGCUGGGGGGUAAAUUAGGUUAGAGGCGUCACAGAUUUUGCUCUGGAUUUAAGCAGAAAUGACCUGCUCAGUUAUAACAGUUUAUUCCAGAUCACAAUGUAAACUACGUCUACUGCCACUCAGAGUAGAAAGAGGUUAAAUGAUAAAUGGAAUGAGACAGUGUCAGCGCUGUCUGCAGCUGACAGCUGAUUGAAGAAGCAAUAUACCUGCAACUACUAGAUGCUGCAAUGUUUGCUAUGAAUUUAAAACCUGCAGAAUUUUCUGUUACAGGCACAGAGGCGAGUUCAAACUGUCUGAUCCAGAAAAAGCCUCCAUGUUUUUGAAUAACCUCUUGUACUUUCUGGUCACUUAAACCAUUUUGACCUUCAGGACUUGACUGCAAAUAACCCCUUUACAAACUAGAGGUAGUUGCAGACUAAGAGAGGUUGUCUGCUAAAACAUGGUCACGAAAAGGGUGAAAUGUAAGAGUGGAGCUGAUAGCCUCCUGCUGAAAUUCCUUGAAGUGAGAUUUUGGAUUUGCAUCCCCGUGUCAUUCAGACUUGUAAACAAAGACAGAUAAAUAUCACAUGCUUCUUCAUCUUCGACACAUGACAGGCUAUAGAUUACAUCGGGAUGUAGGGUCUUAUUUGCAUGAGGCUGAAAUGAUCAGUGUGAAAAAUUAAAAAUGUGAAUAUAAUGUGAUCCCAGACACUCAUGCUUUUGGGUAGUAGUUAGGAUAUUUAUCAUUGCUGAGGCUAGCCUAGCCCAGCAGUGAUUCAGGGGAGGCUGCUGGUACUGUUAUGUAACCUACUGGGAUGCUGCCAGCAGCAGAGACCCCAGAUCACUCUGUCAAGCUGAGAGUAGGAGUGAAAAGGAGAGGGAAGAAUAGGAUGGAGGGACUGAUAGAUGGCGAGAAAGCGAAGGAAUAAACGUGGAAAGAAAGAAGAAGAAAUGCAGAAAGAACUGAAUAUUCCAAAAGGUAGAAAAAAUAUAAAAAUUAAAGAGAGGAGGGACGGAAGGAAAAGUUGUUUUACUCUUAUCCCUGCAACCAGCUGCAACCGACACAAUCCAGCUGCAUGUCUUCUUUCUUUUAUAACAGUAAUUCUUUCAUGGCUUUAGGUAUUCUCCGUAAUUCCCAAAAAAUCAUUAACACACAUGAAAUUAUACAACAUAAUUGCAACAACACGCUUUUGGUCAUAUUUUCCCUGGACAUGCUUCAUAUCUUUAUGCAUGUGGUGAUAGAUAGAUCUAUGCACAUUGGAGUUUAUGAAACUGCAGCACAAAUCUGUGCUUCCUAGCAACACGGCAAAACAGAUUGAGUCCAAACAACGGGACACCAAAUGUCGUAGCUUUUGGUGAAUGUAAACAGCAUCCAGUCUAAUAAACACACAGGCAGGAGAAUAUUUAUGCAACACAGGCAAGUCCUGCAAGAAGCUUAGAUCUUAAGUGUGUCCAGCACACCACGCACACACCCACAGGCUACCCGUGACUCACCCUCACACACACACACACACACACACACACACACACACACACACACACACACACACACACACACACACUUUUCACAACUGGUGUCACUGUCAGAAUCUGGACAUGCUCUUCUGGGAAUUGGUAGGCUUCCAUUUUUUCAUUAAAAAAAUGUUUUUUGACUGUGUGUCCUGAGAGCAUGGUAUUUGAACAAGCACAGACACACACAUACAUCUUUGAUUUACAAUCCUGCAAAUUCCUGUUAGAUAAUGAGAAGUGUGAGAGCAUAUCCAAAAAAACCUCACUCAGAUCUGUUGCCUAAAGCUAAAUAAAAGCACUUCGCAGGUCUGCUCGUAGCAACAAGAACACAAUGCCUGCACACCCACAGGUACAAGCCCACUCAUGUAGCUCAGUGAUCUUUAAAGACACACAAGCACACAUCUUACAACGUGCAAUUCAGUUUCAAAGCUGACAGAUGGACACACAUUUACCCCAGCUAAUAUCAGUUUUUUAUCACUUGAAUGCAACAUGCUGUGUACAACAUGAAACCUUUUGAUAUUCUGUUUCACAAACACAGUUAUGCUGCGGUGUGUAUUUUGAGCACAGCUACAGCACACAUUUGCACAUUUAUAAUUGGUGCUGUGAGUAGCAAGACAGAAAAUGAAGGCAAUAGAGUGCUUUAUUAAUGAGAAUGUGUGCUGCCUUCACAUUACUGCAGUAGUUGUGCAUUGUAUGGCAGGGGUAAUUGUAAUCAUGUAUGGGAAUAAUAGUAUUGGAAUAAUACUAUAUUACUAACAUGGUACCAAACAUACUAAACCCAAUGUUAUCCACUUAAAACUGGAAGUGUAAAAUAUGGAAACGAGGUAAUCCCAGUGCAAUGGGAAAUAAACUGACUGGCUAUUUUAUUUAUGCAAAAAUAACUCUGCCAUAGACUGGCAACCUGGCCAGGCUGUACCUCGCCUCUUGCCCUGUGGCAGGUGGAACAGGCUCCAGCCUGUCAUCGUAUACUGGGUAAGCGGUUUAAGACGAUGAAUGAGUGGAUGGACCGUGACAGUCAAUCUUGCUGUUUUUCAACGCAGCAACAAAUUCCUAAUUUAUUUUAUCUUUACAUCUUUUCUUUUCUUUACGAACUACCACAAAAUGGCCUUUUUUUCCCUUUUUUUUUUUUUAAAUGUAUUGAAUACAUUCAGUAAACUGGAUGUGAAUUAAUUAGAAAAUAACAAUGGAAAACUACUAAUUUCAAUUUUUAUAAGAAAAAUCUGGCCUGACAGUUCAGUUCUUGGCCUGUUCAAAUUUUCUUUCUAGGAGUUUUAAUAAAAGAAAAAGGUUAUUUUUCUGCAAAUUUAUUUUAAUUUAAAAUAAAUCUGAAAAGAAUUGCAUGCGUCACACUUUAACAUGUUUUACGUCUUUGUCUCUGUAAUUACACCUCCUAAUAUGCUAGAUGGCAAUGUGGUUACUGUGCUGUGUUUUGGUUCUUCUUGUAUGCAAACAGAGUUGAAUGAACCCAGCAGUUCAUGCAGAAUUAGGAGUAAUACAUUAUAUCUUUGCUAAAAUGACUGCAAUGCAAAGAAGAGACAAGAUUUUUGAACAAUUUGAGUUUACUCACGACAGACUGAGAAAACUGCUCAUGCUACACUGUUUAAUUAUUGCCUGUUGUGCUAGCAUCAGCAUUAUAAGGCAGUCUGACAGAAUUAUAGCCAAACCAAUGUGAAAAAGUGUAUUAUUACCAAACAGAAUGUGUUGGGUUUUUUUUUUGUUUUUUUUGUUUUUUUUGGGGAAGGCAAAAGUCAAGUUGGAGUGGAAUUGGCACAGAAUUGCAUAGAUUUGAGGCUGACUGGCCCGACACCGAUCAUGGCCAGUCAGCUGAAAAUUGGCAGAUUCUGUUCAUCAACCAAUUGAUCAGUGAAUCUCUAAAAUUAUGCUAAGGUUGUGUAGUCCCUCACUUAGAGUUCCAGGCAAGUGCAAAACAAAAAAAAGAAACUGUGAGAGUGAAAACAAACGAAGAAGACGAGGCGAGCACGUAGCUUAGGUCACAUUUUCCUCUAAUCUAUUACAUCUAGUACUUCCUGAACAAAGACAGUCUGUUAACCAGCUGCAAGCAGGAGAAAUAAUUAUGAUUUUUAAACAAUAAUUUCUGUCCUACUUGCUACACUUGGAUGGAAUUGCACAUGUACAGAUAAAUAUCUGAACAGUUGCAUUGUGUUUUUCAGCCUUUUUAUGGUCACCUUCAUUUGCAUCCACAUCUCCUUAGACCUUAUAUCUAGAGUUGUAAUGAUAGCAAUCCACUCAACAUCUUUUAUCAUUUGUCCUUUUUGAGCCUCUGAAAGUCUGCGCUUCAAUCAUGCCUUGCUUGAUUUAAAAUUCACUGUAGUGGUGUACAGAGGUAUAAGACAAAAACUGUGUCAUGUUUCAAAACCUCCUGCAGCUAACUGAAGGUUUAAGCUCCUGCUGUCACAGGUGCAAGCUGUGGGAACAAGUAGGCCCACAAACCGAAGACAUGUGCUCUAUGAUCAUCACCAACCCGGUGUGCUCUGGUGUUUCUGAAUAAUAGAAGACCUAUUAGCCUGUGACUCACCUGCCAACACCAAAUGUGGCGCACUUAGUGUUCGCUGAUGAAUGUAACAGAGGUCACCGUGAACUGGCAGGACUCCUGUUUCAUCAGGAUGACUCAGACACGAGUCACAAGAAUCAAAAAUCAGGGCUGUAGGCUAGGAUGUGCCUAGCAUACAUUAUUAAAGCUAUAUGUGAAACACAAAAAGAAGAACCACCAACGUUUGUCAUAACAAAUGACAAAUCUUAAGUAUUUUCUCCCUGACAUGUCACCUCUUUGGCUAAAUAAACUGUAAAAUUGUUUUAAGUUCCAGUAAGUGUGAGAACAGAGUUGUCUUUCUGCACAAACAAGAAUAUCUGUUGGCAACGCUCGAUAACAUCAAACCUUUCACCAAUCUGCAGAGAUUGGGAAACUCUCGUAGAGGUUAUGUCACAUCUCAAGCAUUCCUACACUCGACUAAAAACAAAGCUGUGUGUGGCUGGAUUGACUUUCUUGAGUUUGUUCUAGCCUUUACAAAGUCAUUUGAGGAUUCUGCAUUUUGACACAUUUCUUUCUUGCAGGUUUAUAUGCUUUUGUGUUAUGUCUUUUGCUUUUGCAAUGAACGCAAACCACAUUUAAAGUUUUGUGUCUGUUUAGUCACUGUGUAAAAAAUCUGCCUUGUAAUAGAACAUGAUAGAUCUUUUUAAUCAGCAUUGCGACACAUCUGCAAAUAUGUCAUGUGACUAAUGAUAAGUUUUCUUGAAAGCAAAGGUAGAAGAAUGUGUAGCACUAGCAGCUAGCUGUCUAUGAAGCUCUGUCGUUUCGUACGCUUGGAUCUGCACCUGCAUGUCACUUAAACUCUUGUAAUAAAUAGAAACCUGUGUCCCCAAAGGUCUGUGUCUAAUAAAAACUCUGCUGAAGCAAAUUAAGAGCCAGGCUUUUAUUAGAUGUUAUAUACAGUAACAGAAAAAGGAGAGGAGAGGAUGAAGCAGAAAGAGCCCCAUAAAACUCUAAAGAGCACCUGAAGGAAAGAGACUUGUAAGAAUACAAUCAGUAAGUAUUAAAAAGACUUUCUCAAGCCAGAAAAAAAAUCUCUAUCAGAUGCUUGUGAGCUGUAAUGUGCACUCAGUCCAACAGUUUUUUAAAUUUGUGUCCACUCUGUCUUUGUUUGCUGACAGCCUGCCCAGGAGUUUGUUGUUGUACAUCUGAAGGAAGAAAAAAAGUUGUUUCCUCUGCAACUAGGGCAGGAGGUUAGGGGGUUUGUUACAAUAAAAAUUAUUUUCAGAUGUUGGAGUUAUGUAACAGUGUUACGAAGCUGUCAUCCCAGCACUGGGAGCACCCUUUCUGCUGCUCUUGCUCUCUGUUUUUCCCUCUGUUUCUCUGAAAGUCUCAUUUUGCUGAACACGACCUGAACCCCCACCCCCCGUUCUCCUCCUUACCCAGUCGUUUCUGUUUUACAAUAAAGGUUCACAGAACCAGAUGCUAACAGCUGCCAGCUGGCUUGUGGGUCUUUUGGUGCUCGUGCACUUAUAGAUGCUUCUGUUUCCUUCAACAGUAUACAAUUAGAGCUCGUUUAGACUACUUUUCAUUGAAAUGAUGUGACAGAGUGAGGGGUGCUGCUGCAAGCUGGUCAACAAAAGAACCUUUGACUGUGUUUAAAAGGAGUGGGCUUAAUUAGUUCCACUGCUUUUAGAAGCAGAAUUAAUUUUCUCUUUCAGCCUUCUGAUGAAUAAUCAUGUGGGGAAAUCAAAUCAAAUAAAGUAGUAGUAGUUAAAAUAGGCAGGACUUCAAACCUCUGAGCUCCUUAAGUAUAUGUGAAAAGUCAAAGCUACAAACCAAACCAGCCUGUAAAGAUGCAGCUCAGUAGUACAGACUAGUUAUGACUUGCUCCAGCUGUGACAUUUAAGGAUUAUCGGCGGUAUUUCAGGUAGAUCAUAUUGGGGUUAUAUCUGAUUAGGAUCAGGGAAAGGUUUGUGCUUAUUUUUUAUUAUUCUAUUUAUUUGAACUUGUGCUAAUUGAACCAGUUAGUAUUCUGUGCAUUUGGAUAUCUGACUGUAGCACUUUGCAGUAGAAAUAGCCAAAUAAGUACGUUGCAAAGUAUAACCUGUCUUUGAAGUUUUGUUACCUCUGACAGCUGACAAAAGCACAAAACUUGAUUCCUCUUUGGAGUGAAGCUGAAGUUCAGCAGUAGGUCAGUCAGGGAUUAUGCAUCUGAUAAACCCGGGACUUGUACUGUUCCCUCAUCCCCAAACAUGUAAAGAGCUGCCUUUUCCUGUGAGUUUGCUACUUUAAUUACAACUAUAAAGUAAAGUAAAUGAUUAAGUUCAGCCUUGUUGGUGCAUUUUGUGGUUUGUUAAAAAUUCCACGUCUUUUCCUAACGAUUACGCACAUGGCUACAAUGGCUAAAAGUCUCCUCGGUUCAGGAUGACGCUGAGUAAUCCCCUGCCUGAUGUCAGUGUGUCCCAGGAAACAGUGCUGGUAAAUUCCACAGAAGAGCGAGUGGGUGGGGGGAGACCAGGAAGUAAAAAGGGAAAAAAAUUGCCUGUUUUCCUUGCUGGAAUGUUAAUGGCUGGUCUGACCUACGGUGGCCUGUCACUUGGCCUGGUUAGUUUCUUGGCAGCUCGGGUUUUGUUGAGUUCAUCUGUUUAGUGCAUUCUUUGUCCAUCUGUAAACUCGCCUUUGACUAGAAAGGCAUCAAUUCAAACAUUCGGACAUCGUGAAAAGAUACAAGUGAGGAGUUUUGUCUGGCUCAGUGCUGAUAAUGUUACGCAAGUUUAAAUUUACUUGUGGUGCGUCUAGUUUUUAUAUAACGUUGUAAAUCCUUUUGCACUGGACAAAUGAUCCCAAACUAUUUGAUGUGUGUUUGGUGUAAAAUGUUGCCUAAAUAAAACACUCUGAAGUUAAAAGCGAGCUUAAACAGUGGUGGUCAGGUAGUGAAUAAACAUGCCAAAACAUUCUAGUUAAUCCAGUUGACGGCAAAUUUGUAAGGUGGGGUCUUUGCCACUUUGUGGAAGAGGCGCUAGUUCCCAAGGAUGUAUUUAUUCAGUCAGAAUUCAUUAACUCUUAUUCGAUAAUUAACAUACUUGGAAUCUCGUUGCCUAAAAUGAUUGCUUUGAAGAUGCGGACCAGAUCUGCAAUCGCCCAGUCAGUUACUGUCUUCAAAGUGAGUUUGAGGCAUCAAGGCAGUGAUAAGAUGGCAAUAAAAUAGAGUCAGUCUGCUAUCAGUCUGCUAUCAGUUUGUGAUUAAUCAACAAGGAGACACAAACCCCUUCUGGAUUGUGUCAUGAAGGGAAUUUGGAAUAAAAAGGCUGCUGCAGUGCUAGCCGCUGUGAUCAGACUGAAAUCAGCUAUUUCUAUUUAAUUUAAAAAAACUUAAAAAUACCACAGAGAGGCGGUGUACCGAACGAAAAACACCAUGGUGGACAAAGAAUAGCGGAAACGGAUACGUGUCUUUAAACAAAGAAAGUCCCAGAAAUAUGAAUUACCACUUAUAGUUUGAACUUUCAAAUAAAAACUUAAAUCAGGCUUUGAGAUAAGAAUCGAAGUAGUAGGCUUCAACAUUAAACACUCAAGAGUUCAACAUUAUAUUCUUCUUUUAACCUUUAGACCAGAUUAUCCACUCCUACUAGAUAAUGUGUUUUCAGGUUUCCCCUCCAUUAAUUUGUGGACGUCUCUGACUAACUGUGAGACCUUCAAGUCAUUCUGUCUUCUUCACAAAAUGCGUCUCUUUUUCUAUUAUAAAGUCACAGAAAUGUUUUUAGUGAAGGAUAAAGGAAAAUACCCAAGGCCAAAUAACUUCAGUGGAAAGUACAUCAGGUCAAAGGUUGUAGAGUCCAAUACUUUACUCGAGCAGCGGUACAGUUUGGACACAGUUUAAGCUUUCACCUCUCGUUGGAAUCAGACCCUUUGGAGUUUGCAGUGCUUUGGUGGUUUUUUGUGUGGUUAUAGAGAUCCUAGUAUCAACUAAUUCAAAGUAAUUCUAAAGAAGAUCAUAACUCAUCUAUUAGUGUGGGUUACUGGUUACUACGUAAUCCUAUUUAGUGGGGUAAAUCCUGAGAAACUGAAAUGUGCCUUCCACACACUGUGGUCAAGCUGAUUUAAAACCAUAAAAUAUUUGCCUGCAUUACUGGCUCGCUCAGUACUGUUAUUACAGGGGAAUCGCUGCCCCUGAGGUUUUUAGUUAUGUGAAAUAUACAGCUGGCUGGACUGUAGAGGCUGAAAGCUGGUUACAAAUAGUUGAAAUGUCAAUGUAACGGAGGAUUUAUGAUUUUGAGCUGUGGAGGUGUAAAUAAGCCAAUAUGUGUUUAGCAUGCUGUGUCGGUUUGUGAUGUGUGCAGUGCUGAGAUUCAGCCUACACAGCCAUGUCCUAAUCCCAGCGUGUGCUGUCUUUUCUGUGUUUCCUGCCCAGACUGUGAAUCAUAACAGCAGGUGGACUUUAAUCUCACACUCAUAACACACGGUAAUUGUAGUCACCAGACAGGGUUUGUUUAAGGUGUUGUCUGUGUUUUCAGGUGCACUGCUGCCCUGUGUGAUAUCAGUGUAGUAUGCUGUUCAUUUCGAAUUUGGUGUUUAAACCGGCUGCAGUUGAAGCCUCUCUGUGCUGAAUGUAUGGUAAAGUCUUCUUUUGUAUCAUAAAAAAACUGAUUUAGUUCAAGGAAAUGGGGCUUAAAGUUUUCUUGUAUGUGUUUGGAGCUAGAGAUGUGCAUGCCUGUCUCAGAGUAACCUUACCCUGCGAGUGCACAGGUGAUACCAAGCUGUAUUUAGCCCCCUUAUGGCCAGCUGGCCCUGCUAUUUAAAACAGAUUGAGGGGGAAGGGAGACUGUGGCCGUGGCGGCGUUUAUUGUCAGCAGACAGUUUUGGUCAGUAGUGCUGAACUUCAGAAGAAUCUGAACAUUUUAAGACCAGGUUAGGACGCAUUGGAUAAGUCGCUGGUUGCACCAGACCAAUUAGACUGUUGUUGCUUUUCUAAAAUGUUUUUUCCAGUAAGAGUGCAGAUUUGUGUUCGCUGUCUUCCCUGAAGGGCAAACCGUUUGGAAAAUCUUUCACAAUUUCGUUUGUGAUUGGGUAUCAAAUCAGCCACUCCAAAAGUCAGCCUGUGACUCAUCCUGGUAUCAGUUUUACUCAAGCAUCUUUGGCAAAGGUCGUUUAUGGUGCACGGAAUCAUUUCUACCUGUCUAAUAAAAACUGUCCAUAGCUUGUCUGAGUCAUUGUUUUGUUUAGCCAGAGGAAGUUUUUAUGAGCCGAUCUUCUGUGUUGUUGCUUUGAUUUUGAUCAGCUUGCUGUGUUUGGGUUGAACAGGGAGCAGGUUUUCAUGUUGGAGCCCCCCUGAGCUUGUAACUGUGAAUGAAUGGCAACAGCUGAGCAGGAAAACUUUAUCAGCAGCCCUCACUGUGUGUGUGUGUGCGCGCGCGCGUGUGUGUGUGUGUGUCUCCCUGCAUGUGUGUGAGAUUCAGGAGGAGCUGCAAUCAGAGCAGUCUCACUGGGGAAUCUCUCUGCUGAGCUCACUGCUGUCCUCCCUUCCUCAGCCGCUGGCCUCUUUUCAGUUUCCUCCCUUUAGCUCUCUUGUUCUUUCUAUCCACGACUCGUCCUGUGGAUUUCUUUACCCCGGCUCUCUGGGAAACUGCAGAACAGCGCUGUCGUGACUCGCCGGCUGUCACUGCAAGGAAAGUAGAGCACAGGAGGCAGGAGAGAGAGAGCAAAGCUGAGACAGCCCAAUCGAUUUCUUUGAUACAGAGAAGAAGCACCGUGGAUAGAAGGGCAACGGCGAUAGCUGUGCUUUUCUUUGUCAUUUUGGUUUAAAAGGAGAUAUUUGUUUACUUGGAACGGAGUCUUCUGAAGCAUUUGAAUCACAUCUUUCCCUUGAGAAGAGAGGACAGCUUUUGACACGUCAAGGGUGCCCUUCUUCAGGGAUACGGUCAAAAUCUGGGACUUGGGAGGAAAUCUACUUUAAACCGUGGUGUUCAAUGUUUACCUAAUAAUCAAUCCCUAUUCUGAAUGAUAAUGCUGGACACCAACCAUUGCCUGUCCUUUGAACCCUCCUCCCUGGACUCUCCUCCAAUGGGAGAUGACAUGGAGAAGGAAGGACUGAAGAUGGAUCAUGACAGACUUGUGUAUCACAGCUUGAAAGAAGUCCUCCAGCUCAAACUUCAGCAGAGACGCACACGAGAGGAGCUGGUCAGCCAAGGGAUCAUGCCACCACUGAAGAGCCCAGCAGCCUUUCACGAACAGCGGAGGAGUCUGGAGCGAGCAAGGACUGAGGACUACCUAAAGAGGAAGAUCCGGAGUCGUCCUGAGCGCUCCGAGCUGGUCAGGAUGCACAUUCUGGAGGAGACGUCGGCAGAGCCGUCUCUGCAGGCUAAGCAGCUGCAGCUGAAGAGAGCACGACUGGCCGACGACCUCAAUGACAAAAUCUCUCACAGACCGGGUCCCAUCGAGCUGGUCCACAAGAACAUCCUGUCUGUUAACUGCCAUCUGCAGCACUCACUCCCAGAUUCUCCAAAGGGAAACGGAGGAGAGAGCUCAUCUUUGGACGAAGACAGCAGUGAUGCUCUGUCACCUGACCAGCUAACCAAUCAGGACUCUCCCCUGAGCGCUGUCCCUCAGGUCUCCCCCUCAGACGUGCUCACCCAGAACGGAGACCUCUCCCCCACACAGUUUCUCACACAGCCUCCUGCUCCACCUCCACCACCACCUCCGCCGCCCCCUCCCUUGUUGAAUGGGUCCGCUUCGUCCCCUCUACCUAAAACGGUGACCUCUGGAUCCUCCCGCCAUUCUGCUGGACAGGUCAAGUCUCAGGCCAAGACGAGUUCAGACCGCCCUCCACAGAGACCUAAGAAAGCAAAGGACAGCAAACCAAAGGUGAAGAAGCUGAAGUACCAUCAGUACAUCCCCCCCGACCAGAAGGCUGACAAGGAGCGUCCGCCUCAGAUGGAUUCAUCGUAUGCGAAGCUGCUCCAGCAGCAGCAGCUCUUCCUGCAGCUGCAGAUUCUCAGUCAGCAGCAGCAGCACUACAACUACCACACCAUCCUGCCCGCCCCUCCCAAGCCACAAACGGAGCAGCCUCCCACAACCAACUCUGGCCCUUCCCCCUCCCGUACCGUUCACACAACAACCACCACAGCUUCCUCGAGUCAAACGGGGACGGCCCGUCACAGCCAAACCGCAGUGGGAGGAGCCAAACCAGCUACUCUGCCAGCCAACCUGGAUGAGUUCAAAGUUGCUGAGCUGAAACAAGAACUGAAAUUGCGGGGUUUGACCGUCUCAGGCACCAAGAAUGAUCUAAUUGAGAGGCUCCGUAACUACCAAGAGCAAAAUGGGGGAACCGCAACUGUUUCGAAGAAUGGCAUUUUGCAGUCCGGCUUGCAGGGCACGACCUCAGCUGCUAGCACCACCACAUCUUCUCCCACCACAACUUCCACCUCUGACCACCAGUCAGUAGAGGGUGGGUUUAAGUUGUCUCUGUCCUCACUGGCUCAGGCGGUUCCAGGGCGGGUGAUGCGGUUUGGCAGCACCAGCUCGAGCCCUCCGGUGUCGCCGACUCCGUCGGAGAGGUCGUUAGCUGGAAUGAGUCCAGAUGAGACCAGCUGCAAUGGAGACAUGUUUGGAGAAAUGGUGAGCUCUCCGCUGACCCAGCUCACCUUGCACCCCUCUCCUCAGCACCCAGCAAAUGUCUCUCCACUCGCAGUCAAAGAUGAGAUCCAGAGCUCUUGCAGUCUGUCCAGGUCCUCACCUGCAUCUGUCCAAACCCCCGAGCCCGGAGCAGCCAUGGACACGUCAUCUAUGGAUAAAGACCAGAUGCUCCAGGAGAAGGACAAACAGAUCGAGGAGCUCACCAGGAUGCUGAGGCAAAAGCAGAGGCUGGUGGAGACUCUCAGGUCCCAGCUGGAGCAAGGCAAGAUGGCAGGUGGGAUAGUGGUCAAGAGGGAAGGAAGCGAUAAGAGCAAAACAUCCCCAGAGGUUAAGCUCCAAACGCUAAUAAAAGCCUCAGCCAUUCAGCCCCCUACGCUCCCUAAUGGCAUCGUGUUGAAGGUCAAAAAGGAGGUAGAGCCAGAGGAAGGAAUGGAGGGAGUAACAGAGGAGGCUCUGUCAAAGAAGCAGGUCCCGACGAUGCAGUAUUCCCAGGAGACUCUGCUCAGGCUGCAGCAGAUUCAGCAGCUGCAGCUCCAACAGUCUGAUCAACAAAAACAGCAACCACAACCGAAACAGCAACAAAGUCAGGCGCAGCCGACGAAGGCCGCAGAACCCAAACCGAAUCCUCAAAAACAGCAUCACCAAAAGAAAGAGGCUCAACUCCUGAUCCACCAGCAGCAGCAGCUGCAGCAGCUCAUCUUCCAGCAGACCCAACAGAAACAGCUCCAGGCUCAGCAGAAGAUAACGCAGCAGAAACUGGCCCAGCAGAAGCAAGUACAGCAAAACCAGCUCAAGCAAACCCAAGGGCAGCAGCAGGCUCAGCAGAAGAACCAGGUUCAGCUAAAGCAGGUUCAGCUGCAGAUCCAAAACCAGACGGUGACAAGUCAGAAACCCGCACUGAGCCAAACUCAGCAGAGGAAGCAGCUGAAAGCUCAGCAGAGGCAGCAGCAGAAACAGCAGACAUCAGCAGCCUCAACACAACAGGUGACUCCAGUCAUCAUCAAGCAACAGAAUGGCACACCAGUGCACACUCAGGCCAUCUCAUUAGACCUCCUUAAGGCCAAUGGCACACCUACACUGGUGACAGACACCAACGGGAACCACUACCUAAUCGCUCUCACCAGUCACACCACAGAUGGACAGAAUGGAGUGUCCUCAUUGACCAAAACCAACGGACGCAUCACACUGCAGAGAUUGAAUUCAACUCCAAGUAAACUGCCCAGCGCCCACAGCCAAUCAAAAUGUCAGGCAGAGGCCGAGCCUGUGAGCCAACCAAGCAAAAAGGGACAAAAAGCGGGGCUGCACUUAGACGCCAAAGGUGAUCCACAACCCAGCCAGCCCGUCACUGCUCCACCCAACCUGCAGCCUUUCUUUGACGACAUUUCAGACAAUGAAAGUCAAAACAACUUAAUGUCAUCUCUCAAGAGACAGGAGGCGUGUCCGCCUUACGACCGGCACACGCUGUUCACCCCUCCCUCUCCUAAACCCAACACCUCCCUUUCUUCUCAGCGCUUCAGACCAGAGAAUGGCCUGAACAGCCAGCAGAUGGACGACCUAUUUGACAUCCUGCUCAAAAGUGGAGAAAUCCCCGGCUUCAAGGCCAACCCGGACCCUUCCCUCCCCCCUCUCCACUCUGACCCACCUUCUCCAUCCAGUGCCCCAUCCCCCCUCCACCUGUCUCCUCCCACCCCCACAGAGGCCUUCAUCUCCCCGGAGUCUACGGUGGGAGGGCCCUGCUCAGGCAGCGGGCGUCUGGAGGACUUCUUGGAGAGCACGACGGGCACCCCACUGCUGGGCAUAGAGUCCGACGGCGGCCUGGCGCUGAUCGACGACCUCCACAGCCAGAUGCUGAGCACGCCCAGCAUCCUGGACCACCCCCCCUCCCCCAUGGACACGUCUGACCUGGGCUUCUCCCCGCAUUCUGCGGGGCUGGACUUUGGCGACCCCAACCUGGAUAGCAUGGACUGGUUGGACAUGGUAGGGAGCGCAAGUGGAGGUAGCGAGGGCAAUAGAGGAGAGCGAGGAGGUGGAGACGGAGGGACGAGUUUAGCUCCGUUGGCGCCACACACUCCGCAAAGUGUGUUCUCAGCCGACUUUCUGGACAAUACGGACCUGCAGCUGCACUGGUAGCCACGUCUGUAGCACCUCACUCAGACGCACACAGAUGAACACAUGGUCGCUCACACUGUGUACAGGCUCCGUCUUUAUUUCAUGCACAUACUCUAUGCUGUCUCUACCACUGCGGGGGGUGUCUGGCACAUGCACGCGCACACACACACUCUCACACAUUUACUCAGUUUGUCUUGUCUUUCACUGGCUGUUGCUGUAUGCAAGGUGAGGUGGUGUUAAAUUCAUUGAAAUUACUUGGUGGACCUGAAGUGGACUUGUAAAGAUUUUAACUCUACAGGGAACCAAAACGGAUAAAAUCCCAUUUCCCGUGUCCUGACCUGCAUUAAAGCCAGGUUUAAGUAAACCAGCCGAAAGUUGCAGGUCGCUUUCAACCCAUUUCAACCCUCAGUAAACAGCUGGACAGAUCAGAGGCGAGAAGGGACUGUCCGUGAUGUUUUCCUGGGCUCCUAGAGAUAGCAGUGUGUGUCAGUGCCUCCUAAACUUUGCACUUAUGCUGAAUCUGAUUGGUUUAAAGGGUGGGUGUUUAGGUCAACAGCUGAGUGAAAGCCACCUAAUGUUACAAUGGUCAGCUGAGCCACUGAUUGUUUUUGUUUUUUUAAAAAAAGAAAAAAGGCAGCUGCUUGUGGCCUCACCAUGCCAACCUAAACCCCACCCACACUAGUCAAAGAUACAACCUUCAUUGGUUGAGAGUUGCUGUUGAAAUAAACCUUAUCAGUGGCAACAGUUUGAAUUGAAGCCUCAUUGGAGGUUGCGUAUAAUUGGUAACAUUAUGGUAGACCACUAUGUAUUGCUGUAUAUCGGGUGUAUAUUACAAUUUGUCCAUAUGACUAUUUUUCUUUGCUGGUUGCUUUAGAGUCAAGCUAGCCGGCUGGGGGACAGAGGGGGAGGGCGGGGCUUCCAAGAGAACUUGGACCUUGUCAUUUUUUUAAAGAAAAAAAAGAUUAAAAAAAUAAACAUACCAUUUAAAAAAA